AGCGGAAGUACCGGCCUGGAGCCCGCUCUAGGUGGGUGUCCCCUCGGUGCUUCCCAGCUGCCGUCUGCACCAGCCAUGGACUGCUACACGGCGAACUGGAACCCACUCGGGGACUCUGCCUUUUACCGGAAAUAUGAGCUGUACAGCAUGGACUGGGACCUGAAGGAGGAACUCAGGGAUUGCCUGGUGGCUGCUGCACCCUAUGGGGGCCCCAUUGCACUGCUGAGGAACCCCUGGCGGAAGGAGAAAGCUGCCAGUGUGAGGCCAGUGCUUGAUAUAUACUCUGCUUCCGGCAUGCCUCUGGCCAGCCUGCUGUGGAAGAGUGGACCCGUGGUGUCCCUGGGCUGGUCAGCUGAGGAGGAGCUGCUCUGUGUGCAGGAAGAUGGUGCUGUACUGGUUUAUGGGCUUCAUGGUGACUUCCGGAGACACUUCAGCAUGGGCAAUGAAGUGCUCCAGAACCGGGUUCUGGAUGCCCGGAUCUUUCACACUGAGUUUGGUUCCGGAGUGGCCAUCCUCACAGGGGCCCACCGCUUCACCCUCAGUGCCAAUGUGGGUGACCUCAAACUCCGCCGGAUGCCAGAGGUGCCAGGUCUGCAAAGUGCACCCUCCUGCUGGACUGCGCUGUGCCAGGACCGAGUGGCACACAUUCUUCUGGCUGUGGGGCCCGACCUUUACCUCUUGGACCAUGCAGCCUGCUCCGCAGUGACACCCCCUGGCCUGGCCCCAGGAGUAAGCAGCUUCCUACAGAUGGCUGUCUCCUUUACCUACCGACACCUGGCACUCUUCACAGACACAGGCUACAUCUGGAUGGGGACAGCAUCACUCAAGGAGAAGCUAUGUGAGUUCACCUGCAACAUCCGGGCACCUCCAAAGCAGAUGGUCUGGUGCAGCCGUCCUCGUAGCAAGGAGAGGGCCGUGGUGGUGGCCUGGGAAAGGCGGCUGAUGGUGGUGGGCGAUGCACCCGAGAGCAUCCAGUUUGUGCUGGAUGAGGACUCCUACCUGGUGCCUGAGCUCGAUGGGGUCCGCAUCUUCUCCCGCAGCACCCACGAGUUCCUGCAUGAGGUUCCAGCGGCCAGCGAGGAGAUCUUCAAAAUUGCCUCAAUGGCCCCCGGGGCGCUGCUCCUGGAGGCUCAGAAGGAGUAUGAGAAAGAGAGCCAGAAGGCGGAUGAGUACCUGCGGGAGAUCCAGGAGCUGGGCCAGCUGACCCAGGCCGUGCAGCAGUGCAUUGAGGCUGCAGGACAUGAGCACCAGCCAGACAUGCAGAAGAGUCUGCUCAGGGCCGCCUCCUUCGGAAAGUGUUUCCUGGACAGAUUUCCACCCGACAGCUUCGUGCACAUGUGUCAGGACCUGCGUGUGCUCAAUGCUGUUCGGGACUAUCACAUCGGGAUCCCACUCACCUAUAGCCAAUACAAGCAGCUCACCAUCCAGGUGCUGCUGGACAGGCUUGUGUUGCGGAGACUUUACCCCCUGGCCAUCCAGAUAUGCGAGUACUUGCGCCUUCCUGAAGUACAGGGCGUCAGCAGGAUCCUGGCCCACUGGGCCUGCUACAAGGUGCAACAGAAGGAUGUCUCAGAUGAGGAUGUGGCUCGAGCCAUUAACCAGAAGCUGGGGGACACGCCUGGUGUCUCUUACUCCGACAUUGCUGCACGAGCCUAUGGUUGUGGCCGCACGGAGCUGGCCAUCAAGCUGCUGGAGUAUGAGCCACGCUCAGGGGAGCAGGUACCCCUUCUUCUAAAGAUGAAGAGGAGCAAACUGGCACUAAGCAAGGCCAUCGAGAGCGGGGACACUGACCUGGUGUUCACGGUGUUGCUGCACCUGAAGAACGAGCUGAACCGAGGAGAUUUUUUCAUGACCCUUCGGAAUCAGCCCAUGGCCCUGAGUUUGUACCGACAGUUCUGUAAGCAUCAGGAGCUAGAGACGCUGAAGGACCUUUACAAUCAGGAUGACAAUCACCAGGAAUUGGGCAGCUUCCACAUCCGAGCCAGUUAUGCUGCAGAAGAGCGUAUUGAGGGGCGAGUAGCAGCUCUGCAGACAGCCGCCGAUGCCUUCUACAAGGCCAAGAAUGAGUUUGCAGCCAAGGCUACAGAGGAUCAAAUGCGGCUCCUACGGCUGCAGCGGCGCCUAGAAGACGAGCUGGGGGGCCAGUUCCUAGACCUGUCUCUACAUGACACAGUUACCACCCUCAUUCUUGGCAGUCACAACAAGCGUGCAGAGCAGCUGGCACGUGACUUCCGCAUCCCUGACAAGAGGCUCUGGUGGCUGAAGCUGACUGCCCUGGCAGAUUUGGAAGACUGGGAAGAGCUAGAGAAGUUUUCCAAGAGCAAGAAAUCACCCAUUGGCUACCUGGUGAGGCAGGGUCCUCCCUCCAGCUCACUUCCAGUGAAGCCUUUUGUGGAGAUCUGCAUGAAACAACACAACAAAUAUGAAGCCAAGAAGUAUGCUUCCCGCGUGGGUCCCGAGCAGAAGGUCAAGGCUUUGCUUCUUGUUGGCGAUGUGGCUCAGGCUGCAGAUGUGGCCAUCGAACACCGGAAUGAGGCUGAGCUGAGCCUCGUAUUGUCCCACUGCACGGGAGCCACAGAUGGGGCCACAGCUGACAAGAUUCAACGGGCCAGGGCACAAGCCCAGAAGAAGUGAGGAGUCCACCCUGUACAUCUCGAGCAAGGGGUUCCUCCCCUAGCACCUGGGCUUGGCAGAAGGGCCAUAGUUCAUCCAGCUCCUCCCCUAGGGCAAUGCUGAGGAGGAGGGGCGUGGUAGCAGGGCUGUCUGGUUUUAAAUAAAGUUGGAACGCUUUA